AUGAAGCUGGAAGAGCAGCCAUUCAUCCAGGUCCGCAAUAUGGUCGAAAAUGCACGUCGACGUAAAACGACUUCUGGCCAGUUCGGCUUUCAUGAAAGCGUACUCCAGACUAAAGGACAAAUUCAAGCCGCUGUGCUGCUGCUCCGCUUAGACUUGGCUCUUCUGGGGGAUUUCAUUUUCAUGAAAAGCCGUGUACACUCUGUUCGGGAUCAGAGUGACUUGUUUGCCAACCCGAAAGAGAACAGAAAGGAAAGUCGGCUCCUGAUAAGCGACUCAAUAUCUUCCCAUCGCAUCAUCCAACAGGUUGAAGGACAUAUUUUCCUUGCACAGCUUUACACCUUGGAGCUACAAACCUCGAAACAGUCAUCGCACGCUGAAGACUUACGCGAAAAAGCUAGAAACGCUCUCGAAGAGUCGGAAAGGCUUUGCAACAUGCAUCCUAGCCAGACACGUGGUUUAAGCCAGGAAAUUUAA